CUACUUCCCGAUCUCCGCCUAGCCUCAGCUGGCACGCCAUCACCACGCGUUUCUUGCAUGCCUUCUAAGCACCAUGAGCGGAACUAGCAGCAGCUCACCUGACAGCGAGGACGACGGGCAUCCUGUGGACAUUGCGCUGCGUCGCAGGGCAGCCGCCGACACGGCCAAGCGGCUGGGCGGUGGCGGCAGGGGCGGCGGCGUGCGCGCACCUGGGCCAGAAGGCCUGCAGGAGAAGACAUCGUCCCCGGAGAGUGGGGAAGUGGCGCCUGCAGGGCGCAGGCAGCAGCCGGCAGAACUGGGCAGCCACGAGAAGCCAGGCGGUGACCGUGGUAGCAGAACAGAAGCACACCACAGUGGGGCAAAGGGCAAACCCGGCUCAUUUCGGGAUUUAGACCACGUGCUGGUUUCUGGCAGCGACAGCAGCAGCAGCAGCAGCGGUGCAAAGGUUGGUGAGCCAGAAAACGCUCCCACCGGCGUCAUCCUGGUGGGGACCGCCGAGGAGCGGAAUGCAGAGGUAGCUCGCUUGUUGCGAGAUCCAAGGUACUUUGACGAGGACUUUGAGGAGGCGGGGCUGCGGUGCUUUAAAUGUGGAGGCAAGGGACACUUUGCGCGAGACUGCAUGGCAGAGGCCAAGGAGCGCUCCUGCUUCUUGUGCGCCGAGCCGUACAUCGGCGACAGAGGGGGGUAUGGCUCACGUGGGCGGUUUGCGAGCUACAGCGCCUAUUCGGAGAUCGACCACAGGGGUUACGAUGGUGUCUUCAUGGAGGCGCGAGCCGGCAGCGGAGGGCACAGCAAGCGACCCCGGCGGUGA